GGUAAACACCAGGAAACGGGUGUGUUUAAAGCGCUGCAAAUCAGUGGUAGGGAAGAUAAACUAUUUCAAGACGCCAGACUUUUAAGUUAAAGGGAAAAAAAAAGCAGGCCACAUUUUUGGUUGAAAAGAAGCCAAAUUUUUGUUGUUGUUUAAACCUAAGUCUUGAAAUUUGGAAAAGAGAAAAAAAAGUUUGGCAAGCAUUUUUUCCCCAAGUAAUAGAGUAUGAAACUUUAGCGAACUCAUAUUUUUGGAAUACAUCAAUAUCUAGGCCACUGUGAUUGUCUAUUGUUCCAAGCAGGAGAUUUCUUCCAAGAUAUACAUAUGAUUCUAACAGAAGGUGUGAAGAUAGUCUACAUCCUAGUUCAAACCUCCCGCAGGACGACGGGAACAGGAUAAGACCAAAGUGUGACCUGGAUCAGCCUGCCUAAAUGGACACCUGGACUCUGAAGUCGUCCUACUUUCUUCUGUGUUACCUGCUGGCCACUGAAGGAAGCCAAGCGACAAAUAAUGGAAUCGAAAUAAUUCCGCAAGAGCAACCAACCAAUAGGAUUGCUCCAAAUCCGGAAGUGAGCUCCACUGCGCACGUCAGAGAUCAACAUAACCAAUGGCAAGUAACCUCUCGGUCGUCCGGUCGAGUUUUCCGGCCACCAGAAAGCCACGUAAAACCAGACUAUGUUUCAAUCCAUAGAGAGAGAACGAACGCUCCUUUCACGCUGCAGUCAGAGAUGUCCAGUGUAUACCCUUUUAUUGACGCCACUAGGGCGAUGGACUACUUUGACACAUACGACUCAAGGCCAAGACCUAAACGAUGGCCGCUUAAAAUCUUGCUUGAUACUGAGCAGACGACAGCAGUAGAUGAAGGUCAUGAAAAACUUGGAGAUAUCAGAGACAACGAUCAUGGUGCAAUCAAAAACAUGAACGAGAAUUUGUCAAUCUUAAAUCCUUCCGCAGGUGAUAAAUUAAGUGAAACAAUUGUAUUACAAAAAGGCGGGAGUAUCUCUGAGGAUCUCAUGCAUCUCACAAGUCACCCUACUACCGCAUCUAUGCAAGGCCCAAAACUUGUGCCAGGUAGAAAGAACAAAAAUCAAAACCGGAAAAAAAGAAAAAAUCCUUCCGCUAAGCAAUUAGGCGUAGGAUUACAAAGUAAAUUUACAUUCGAUGUUCAUCAAAGUCUUGGUCUUGAGAAAAGUUUGUCUCCUUCUUCUUCAACCCAGCCUAGAUUGAAUAAAACCAGAAAUAUUCAUCGCAACCAAGGUAAGGGGAAAAAAGUGAGAAAGCAGUCAAAGAAGAGGACCAGCAAAACAGCAACUCCGAGUGAACAGACUACUUGGUUAAGUACUCCAAUAUUGGCCGUGUCAGCUACGAGCGACAAGAAACCAAACGGCUCCUCUUUAAGGCACCCUGAAUUAACCACGCAGACUUAUAUGGCAGAGAAGAUCUCUUUAAGUUUCACCAGUAUAAAGCCGCACCUAACAAAAAACCCAGAAGAGCAAACUCUUGCAGCAGAAUCGGUUGUGGGUAAUUCUGGCGAACAUCCGGCGGAAAUGCUGAGUAACACCUCGACAACUGCUCCGGAGCCCCACGUGUCAGAUCAAGUCUCACCUCAGGGAGAGAACCGAUGGAGAUCAGAAAACCUCUCAGCAGACAUACCGCCAAACACUCAACAGGUGUCUCUGAUAUCUACGAAUUCUUCAGAAAUACGCGACGAGUUCCUUCCAUCACAAGACUUCAAGUCAGAUCUUUCAAACCGCUCAGACCAAGGACAGCAGAAUUUUGUUUCAGGAAACCAAUCGCUGGACUUGACGCAACCCACAAGACAACCAAAUGUGGAUUUGAAACUGGUGAACAUGUCGGAUACGUCUUUCUUGGAGAGGGACGCAACUUCCACCAGAACUCAAGAAAAAGUAACUCAUGUUUACAAAAACGCCUACGAUUUUCUUUCCAGUCAGACGGGACUUAUUCGCCGCCAGAGGCCGAGAAAGUUUGACGCUUUCCAUCAGGAAUUCUCUGAAAGAAUGUGCGCACUGUUUGGCAAAAAGUUUGUGCGGACACCGAUAGGAGGGAAGUGUGAGUGACUUGUGUAGAGUGUUUCUCAAGAUUUGUAUUGGCUUGGCUUGAAUGAUACUAGAGGUGAACCAUAGAAUCACUGGAGAACAUUUCUCUUUGCUUCACGACCUGCACCCCUCGCUCCACAAAAGAUCGUGAUUCAGAAGAUCACAGUAUGAUAUACUGACGUAGACUAACACUGGUUGAGCUAAAAUAACAAUGCAUUAGUUGAGAAUCUGCCUCAUUGUCUAGUGGCCUAUUUACCGCAGAAGUCAAACCCAGAAAGCUGAGGGUCUAAGAGAGCUAGUUAUUGGUGUGACCUUCUCAUCAAGUUCAGAUGAACAAGUUCAAGGUCUCUUUUGGUUCCAUUGAAAGCAAAACAAAACACUAUGUAAUCAUGCCUGUGUGGUUUCCUAUAUGUUUUGCUGUGUAUGGCGUGUAAACUAUCAAAUAAAAGGCGAGGACAACAUG